UUCUAUUUUAACACAUAAUUCACUUUUAUUGUACAUAUCUCUCAGGAUUGCAUAAAAGUUACCACCUAUAUUAUGUUUUAAUAGCUUAUAUUUUAAACCAGAAUGCAUGACUUUGUCAUUGACGUAUGAAUCAAUGACUUAUGAAUACACAACGUCAGAGUGGGCGUUCUAUAAAAAUUGACAACAUUGAAAAUAAAUAACCAAUCAGAAGACCGUAAAUACACCAAAUUUAUUUAUAUGAUGAUUUGUACUUCAAAAACCGGAACGUAAUACUGGAAAUUCAUUUUGAUAUGUAUAAGUUGAACUGUGUUUAACCCCAGCAUAUAUGUAAGAUUUGUACAGACCGGGAGUAUUUAUACACUUGAUUUUGAAUAUAUAUAAUGUUAUUAAAAACGAAAGUUAAAUAUAUUAUAAAAUCAACUCACUAAAUUGGGACUUCCCAGCUAAGAGAUCAGAAAAAAAAAAAUCCAAAAGAAAAUCCCUUGAAACAACCCACGGAUAUGGCCUCAUCAGAUAUCAAGCCAGACACCAGUGAUAUUUCUGUUCGCACAUCAACAGAGACAAAUAAUGAUGUUCUUCAACACGGAUCGAUAGAAUUAAAUGGUGUUGCUGUCCAAACAGAAGUCCAUAAAGAUAAAGUGUCAAAAAGCAACAAAUCGACAGAAAUACAGUCUUUGUCUAGUUCAAACAUAGGUCAACCCCAACACGGACAUCCUCUUCAUCUUGAUAAAGUAGCUCAUAAAACAGUAUUUGACAAACAUGUUUUGGAUAACCUUAUUUCUAAAUGUAUUAUAAUGAUUGAGGACAGAGAAGAAAUAAUUAAGCCGACAACACAGUUUGAACGUAAUAAAGUUCUUUUGGAAAUCCUUACGGAACGUCCAUAUGAUACUUUCCAGCUAUUCAAAGAUGUCCUGAUACAAUUAGACCAGUGUACUUCUGAUGUCCAACAACUACUUAAUGGAAUUAGAAUAAGUAACAGUGAAGCACCUUCCAAUCUUUCACAUGCUGAAAUUAAUGUUAACGCAAAUUCAAUAAAAUUACAGAAAAACUACAAACUGUUGGUACACGAUAUGGAUUGUACAACAGAUGUAGUUGACCAUCUUCUACAAUCAGAAGUCCUAGAACCAGAAGACCGAGAGGAAAUAUGUACUCUUAGCCUUACUAGACAAGAGAGUAAUAGACGUCUAUUGGCUAAAUUAUUGUACAAAGAUAAAAACGCUUACAAUCUGUUUCUAGAAGCUCUACGAUAUGCAUCUUAUGAACAGAUUGUAGAUGACCUUGAAAAUACGGAGGUGACAACGCAUGAUAAGAAUUUAUGUCAUAUAGGAAUGAUAAAAUUGAGAGAAAGAUAUAGGAAGAAGGAACAAGGACAAGACAUGAUAUCCCAAAUAGAUAAGAACUUAACAAAGAUACAAAGUGAACUUCAAGAAGUUAUUCCUGAACAUAUACGAGCUCAAAUGGGAUUACAGAUUAAGGAAUGGAUCCUCAAAGACAGAUCAUUUGUAUCUACAAGGGGCAGUGAACAUGUCAGAGUCUGUGUACAGGACAACAAUUGUGUGACCAUAACAGGCAGUGCCGGUGUAGGAAAAACAUUUAUUUCCCGACAUGUUGCGCUGAUUUUGCAGAAAGACGGGUACAAAAUAAUACCAGUGAUAGAGUCAACAGACAUUAGAAAUUAUUACCAACCUGGUAGGAAGACAGUUUUUGUUGUAGAUGAUAUCUGUGGAAAAUUCACUGCUAGCCAACAACAGAUUGAAAAGUGGCAACAGUUGUUACCUUUGAUUAAAACAAUAGUAGAAGAUAACUGUUGCAAGAUUAUUGUAACGUGCCGGUUACAAGUUUAUAAGGACAGACAUUUUGGAGUAUUAUCUCAACCAUUCAAGUCCUGUGAAUGCAACUUGAUAUCCGACGAAUUGCGUUUAACAGGAUCAGAAAAAACCAGCAUGGCAGAAUCAUAUUUUGGUAAACAUAUGGAUGAAUUGGACUUAAUUGAAGUGUCAGAACAAUCUUUCCCACUUCUCUGUUCUUUAUGUCAUCGGAAACCGGAUAUGGACGUGCACAUGUUUUUCAAAAGUCCCUUUGAAUUGUAUAAAAACGAACUAGAUAGAUUAUAUUGUUCUGGAAAACAAGGGUUGAUGGAAAUUUGUUCCUUAGUAAUGAUAGUCCUCUAUAAUAACAAACUGGAUGGAAAAUUUUUUUCAGGAGAAAUUACAGACGAACAAAGAAAACUCCUGGAUGACACUUUUGAAGCUUGUGAACUGAAAAGAGGAACAUCUAGAAUUAAGCUGAAAGCUGCUAUUGAUACUUUAGUUGGUACCUAUAUUUCUGAAGAGAAUAAUGUUUAUAGUAGUUUGCAUGACAGGUUAUUUGACUUCUUCGCUCACUACUUUGGUCUAAAGAUGAUACAUUUAAUCAUAAAGCAUGGAGACAGUGGUUUCUUACGUGAACGUAUCGUAUGGAAGGCAAAAAAAGAGGAUCACAAAAACGAUGUCGAGUUUACAAUAACACUUCCUGAUCAAAACCUCCAAUCUUAUUUAAAAAGACUGAUUUCAGAUUGGUCAGACGGGAAAGUCACAAAUGUUUUCUACAAUGAUAGCAUGAGAAUUCCUGAAUUUAGGCAACAUUUGUUGCAUAAUCUUGACCAACUUAGUAAGUCUCAACGAAGUGAUCUAGCCAAUAAGAGUGAUAAUGAAAGAGAAGACUUUGCAGCAGGCAAUACACCUCUUAUAAAGACAUGUCGUGGUGGUUAUUCUGAUAUAGUGGAGUGGUUGUUGGAUAACAAUGGUAUUGUCAAUGUAAGUAGAGCCAAUGGCGUAACUCCGCUUUUCAUGGCAGCGCAAGAUGGUCACACAGACAUCGUUAGAACGUUACUGAAAAAGAAAGCAAACAUCAAUUUGAGUGACAGUGUCGGUGGUACACCUCUUAGAAUUGCCUCUCAGACAAAUCAUUCUGAUGUUGUCCGUUUAUUAAUUGAACAUAACGCGGACAUAAAUGCACAGAUGUAUGAUGGCGACAAUCCGCUUUUGACGGCCACCCGUAAUGGUUUUGCAGAUAUUGUGGAGGUUUUAUUAGCUAAAGGAGCUGACUGUAAUAAAUGCCUACAAAGCAAACAGUUAAUAGUAGAUUUCAUUGCUGAACAUCCUUUAAAGACAAUUAAAAGUGUACAACAAAGUUGGCUGAAAGUUGCAAAUAAAUACGGUUCAUUAGUUGCUAAAGAGUUCGUUAAAAAUGCAUUACCAGAAUAUGUUUUUGAUAUGUUCGCUGGUUCAUACCCACUACACCUUGCUAGUUUCAUGGGACAUAAAGAAGUAGUCAAAGUCCUCCUGGACCACAAUCUAAAUGUGAACGUUACAAAAGCUGAUGAAACGACACCGUUAUUCUAUGCAUGUGAAGUCGGACAUGAGGAUAUUGUUUGUUUAUUGUUAGAGAGAAGUGCUAACAUAGGCAUGCAACGGACUGAUGGGAAAUCUCCGCUGGACAUUGCAUCGGACAAUGGUCAUAGGUCUAUAGUGAUAACUUUGGAAGAAUAUUCAAAGAAAUAGCAAUAGCUUUUUUCUUACUUUAAAGACUUGAUUAAAGCAAAUAAGUAGGGUCACGAAGGCCUUUAUUUUGACAUUAAAAUUUUGUAAUAUCAUAUGUAGGUAGAUACCCAAAUUUAUUUAACUAUCUUCAAUAUGCAAAUUUAAACAAAUUUGACCCUUUUUCUGUCCACUGUUCGCUUCAAAAGUAUAGUAUGUUACAAGUGGUUUUACCAGAUUGCCCAAUGGUCACACUCUUUGGCCAAAAUAAGAUUGUUAUAAAAAGAUGUAAUUGGGUCAGAUACACAUUCAAACAAAACAAAAUGUGGUGGUUCAUGCAUGUGGCCAAUGUCGUUUGAUGCAAAAACUAUUAAAAUUUAGGCAAACAAUUUGUCAAAUUAAUAUUUCCUUUAUGAAUGUGCAAAUUUGUGACGUCACAAUGACAUCCUAUGUGUUCUAAAGCGUCAAAGCUUGUUGGUUUUGUAUUUAGCAGACAAAUUUACAUAUUUUGUUAUCUAAUAUUUACCAUUAUUACUGAAGUUAAAUUUCAGGGAAUUUUAGGGACAAUAUUGUCCCUUUGUGAAACUGCUCCUUUCAGUUUUAGACAUAUUGUCAUUUUUCCAUCUGUUUCAAUGAUAAUGUUAUGUAGCUUUGCUGUUUAACCAAAAUAUCUACUUUUUGAGACGCACUCCAACGUAAAUGUUACAGGAGAAAUUUUCAUGGAUGAUUUUGAUACUUUUAUUAACUAAACAAAGAAGAUACAUUGCGUAAGGCAUGUGAUGCUCCUUUGAAAAUGUUAUGCUUUUCUUUUGUAGGACAAUACAUUUCUAUUCCUUUCAAAUUUAUUACUCAAAUUUUGCAAAGUUAACAGGGGGUAAUAUGUGAAUGUUGAUAAUUCAACAUGUACAUGUUAGGUGUCAUGCUAAGAACUGUUCUUUGUGAAUUUUGGAACGACAUAAAACUAACUUAAAACAUUCAGUUUAUUUAUUUAUUGAAAAAUCAUCCUAAAUGCAUUUAACAUAAUUAUGUCAUAUAGAAAAAUAACAACUGGACUUUACGUCACGGUGCAUAAAGAUAAUAACUUUGAACAUCCCUGUCAUUGGCGGAAAAUUUGAAGACUAAACAAUUCCGAGAAAAUUAACUUUUUUGAAUAUAUCUACAACCAUAAACAUGAAAGUUGUUUCUUGAAAACUAUUGAAGAAGUUGACUAAUCAAACCAUGUCUGGGGCCUCGGUGGCCGAGUGGUCUAAGUAGUUACUACUGUAUUCACUAGCCAGUCAACACUGAGGUUGUGAGUUCGAACCCCGCUCGUGCGGGUGCACUCGACUCCAAUCUUAAUUGACUAGGAUUGUCAGUUUUCCUAUCGAAGGUCGGUGGUUUUCUCCGGGCACUCCGGAUUCCUCUACCAAUAAAAACUGGCCGCCACGAAAUAGCCCAAAAGCGGUGCUUAAAAGUGGCGUUAAAAACACAUAAAUCAAAAUCAAAUCAAUCAAACCAUUCCUGCAUAAUUUCACUCAAACAAAAGGUCAUCAUCCUGUCAUUUGUUUGAAAUUUAAAGCAAUCAAAAUCCUGAUAAGAUGAUCACCCUUUCUAGAAAAAAUCUGCAUAAUCAUGAAAAUAAGUCCAAGCUUGAAAUAUAUAAGAGGAGACAGCUGGACGAACCAUGUUUUUCGCUUGCAUAAUUUCACUACAAAUUGACAGAGCUCACUAUCUUGUAAUUAUCAGAAAAUAUAAUAAAAGUACAAAUCCUGAUAUUAUGCACAACUUAAGUUAAGACCCUCCAUAAUAAAGCUUGAAAGUUGUAGGAGGCUUAACAAAUCUCACCAAAGAUACCAGGCUUACAAUUUGGUAAGCAAGACGUGCGUUACAUUAACAGUAUCAGUUUUGCUGCAUCACAUGAGAAUUUCAACAAAUGAUAAUCCUCAAUGAUAAUCAAAAACUUAUACAAACGUUAAAGAACUGCUAAGCCAAAAAGGACCAAAGGCAUAGCCAGACCUCGAACAAUGAAUCAGAGCUAUAAAUGAAGGAGAUAUGUUCCUUAAUUUGAAUUGAUUUCCCAACGUGUCUUAAAACACAUUUCAUUAUACCAUAUCCGUAUUUUAAGUCUCGUCACUGGUUCUAGAAUCAAAACAGUUAGAAGGUCAUUAAAAAAAGCUGAAUGCAUUGAAACCAUCAAAUUGCGAACAUUUGUACCAAAUACGGUUCAGGCUAUCUAUGCCUGGGAGAAGAAAAAACCUUAAGUGUUUCGAAUGAUUCAACAUUUUAUAAAGAAUAAAUUUACAGAUAAUGGCCGUAUCAAUGAUAUUUCAGAAGACUACUUGGCUGGUGAUGCCCUCCAGGACGCACCACCAGUGAAAUCGUCCCAAUACUUGUAAAAGCUCAUUAAAAAUACAGUGCUUACAAUUUUCUAAGCUAGACACGCGUUUCGUCUACAUAAGACCCAUCAGCGGCACUCGAAUAAAAACUACAAACAAUACCUCUAUCAUGUUUAUGGAUUAACUUUGAAAUAAAUAUUUUCCCAAAAAAGAUAUAUGUAUAUCAGGAGUUUUGCCGGUUGUCUUUAUUUAUAAGUAUGAAAAUGUUAUUCAAACGAAUAAUUAUUCAACGUGAGAAAAGGGUAUAGCAAACAUUUGUUAUAGAAGUAUUCGCUUUAACAAGUUAGUGAAAACAGAUUUUGGUUUUUAUGUUGAGAACACAAUGCGUGAUUCUCUUACAAUAUAAUUUGUUCGGAAUGUUAAAAUCAGUUCAAUAAUAUGUGUAUAAAAGGUUACUAAUUCAACACUGUAAUUUGAUCUUUGAAUAUUGUUUUUAUUUUUUUUGGGGGGGGGGGGGGGGGGGGGGGGGGGGUCAGUAAAUUAAAAACAAUACUAAA